AUGAGGAACGAACAAAAAGCAUUCGGCACUGCGGUUUCUGCUGUCAGCAGAGGGUCCGUGAGAAAGCCGACUCGGACAAAUGCACCAAAACUGAACUUUGGAGGCAGCACCGCAGCUCAGGCUACUGGAAUCACAGGGGGCUUUGGAUUUGGGAGCUCCGUAGCAACGAGCGCGCCGUCGAGUCAAGCAGCCGCUCCCUCUGGCUUUGUGUUUGGAUCUGCUGGCAGCACCACCACCACCAGCGCUGCGUCGGGGACAACUGGAGGGUUCACCUUUUCCAGCAGUACCACGACUCAGGCCGGAGCAGCCAGCUUCGGCAUCGGCGCCGCAGCUCCACAAGCGUCGCCAGCGGGGUUGGCCUUUGGAACCACGCCUGCGGCUGGCGGUCUAAACUUUGGGUCGUUGCCCUCAACAGCAGCCACGAGUGCACCCACGGCCACGCUGAGCGCUAGUACCAGCCAGGGACCCACGCUGUCCUUUGGAACCAAACUUGGAGUAACAUCCACAGCUGCUACAGCUGCCUCUACCAGCACAACCUCCAUUCUUGGUUCAACGGGGCCCACGUUGUUUGCAUCUGUAGCGAGUUCUUCAGCACCGACGUCAGCUACCACCACGGGCCUCUCGCUUGGUGCCCCUUCCACUGGGACGUCCAGUCUUGGAACGCUUGGGUUUGGAUUAAAAGUUCCUGGAACAACAGCUGCCGCGACAAGCACCGCCACGAGCAGUACUUCUGCUUCUGGCUUUGCUUUGAAUCUUAAGCCGUUGACUACAACUGGUGCCACUGGAGCUGGGACUUCUACAGCUGCCAUAACCACAACCACCACCACCAGCACGCCUCCAGUGAUGACUUAUGCCCAGCUGGAGAGUUUGAUAAACAAGUGGAGCCUGGAACUGGAAGACCAAGAGAAACACUUUCUCCAUCAGGCUACACAAGUUAAUGCCUGGGAUCAGACGCUGAUAGAGAACGGAGAGAAGAUUACUUCGUUACACAGAGAAGUAGAGAAAGUGAAGCUUGAUCAGAAGAGGCUGGAUCAGGAACUAGACUUCAUUCUGUCACAGCAGAAAGAGCUUGAAGACUUGUUGACCCCUCUGGAGGAGUCUGUGAAGGAGCAGAGUGGGACUAUCUACUUGCAGCAUGCGGAUGAAGAACGGGAGAGGACCUAUAAACUGGCUGAAAACAUAGACGCUCAGUUGAAGCACAUGGCACAAGAUCUGAAGGACAUCAUUGAGCAUUUAAAUACUUCAGGAGGCCCAGCAGACACGAGUGACCCGCUUCAGCAGAUCUGUAAAAUUCUGAAUGCACACAUGGAUUCCUUGCAGUGGAUUGACCAGAACUCAGCGGUGUUGCAGAGAAAGGUGGAAGAGGUGACAAAGGUCUGCGAGAGCCGCCGCAAGGAGCAAGAGCGCAGUUUUCGGAUCACAUUUGACUGAAUGACUCCAACUUUAAAGGAUUAACCGAGAUUCGCCACAGAAAACGGGGGUUGUUGGGAACACAGGCCUCAAACUAUGGUCUGGGUUUGUUUCUUUUCUCACUAUAAAAUUUGUUGUUUGUUC